CUAUGCUGGUAUUGACAAUACUUUCAAAAAUUUUAUAGUUAAAACAAAAUGAAAUGUUUGGUUGGCAAAGACUGCAACACGUUGUACCCAUAACAACGAUUUGUCUAUGGCUGCUGAUGUUGAUGCCAACACUAACAGAGCAGCGAUUGAUAAAAGGUAAGCACAAGCGAACGCGUGGUUUGUUACAGAAUGAGGAUUCUUCCUGGAGAAGAGAGCCGGAAAUGGACGAUAUUAGUGUGAAGCGUAUGUAUGAUGCCUAUUGGGACCGACAAACGGAGCUUAAAAAUGCUGUUGAACAUCAUAUGAUCUUAGAUGAAGGAAAUGGAGCUCUAAUAGAUAAAGAGCAUGAGGAGUCUAUGAGAGAGCGCAUGGAAUUUGACAAAGAGCAUAGAACUGCUUUGCCUGCAAAAAGUCAAUGUGUUCCACAGCCGGCAAGGGUAGAAAUUACACAUAAUCAUCCUUAUCAGAAAUCUAAAGAUCAGUUGCAUGGUCCACAGCAGAAAGAGGAGUGCGUGCCAAAAUCUAAUACAAUUCCUUGCGAAAGCAGCAUGAUAAUAAUAACUGUGCCCUCGAAAUUGCUAAGGCAGCCGUCGCAGCCUGAUCUAAUAAUUACGCCUUCUGUAACGCCCACUGUUACGCCCACAAUAGGUACUGAUGAGAAAGAUAAGGAAGAUACGGGCAAUCGACGCCUAGCCAAAUUAAAUCGUAUAUACAAAGAGUUUUCCAAGAUCUGGCAGCAAGCCUUGCCGGAUGCAAGUAGCCCCAAUGUAUCAAGAGUUCAAAUACCAGCGGGCAAGCCCAUACAACUAACUGCAUUAGAUGAUCUGCUUAACGUUGUGGAGCAUCUCAGGCAACCACAUGCAGUAGAUAAUAUAGCCGAAGCCAUAAAAGACAAAAUGCGGCAGGAAGAAGAAAUUGUCAGAAGCUGCCAUUGUCAACACCAAAGCGAAGAAAAGUGUUACACGGGAAUGGACUCGAAUGUCUUUAAGCGAUUGGCCAGAGAGUUCAAGGCGCUGCAACCGCAUGCUAAGGCUGGUGGACUUUACCAGGAGUACAUGAAGCAACUCACAGAUAUAAUUAAGGGGGAGAAGUCUGCGCUCAAGGCCAAUGAUCUAAACGAAUGCCAUUGUCGCGCCGUUAAGCCCGCCAACUUGGCAUCGGAUCCUGUGGCCGCCAAUCGAUUCGAAGAGUUUACACGCUGCCGUUGCGAUGGGGUCUGCAAGGAAACUUCAGCAGCCAUUCAGGCGCAGGCACCAUGUAAGUCGCAGCCAAUUGAAGCAAGCGCCAAUUCAGCUGAAAACAUGGACUGCUCAAAGGCGCUGCAAUCGUUUAUGAGACUCAACCUCAACCCAGAGAACAAUCUAAUUGGAGGCAACAAGCCGUACUAUUUAUCCAACUCCAGAAGCAGGCAAAUGAUAUGGAAUGAGGUGCCGCUAGUAAAGUCAGUACGUACUAAAGUUGCAACUGCCACAGUUGCUGCUAGGCCUAUAGAUCAGGAAGCUCGAACAUCCAAACUCAAACCUACAGUUCAUAACCCCCAACAGACAAACACCAUUGAGAGUUUAUGUGAAACCUAUCAAAGGCAGUUACACAAGCUGGAUAAGCUGCUGCAAAGUAGGCAACAUGGCUCACAGGAAGCUGUUAAAGUGGCCGCUAAGCGCGGACUUACUGAUGGCACUGGAAUGCCGCCUAUGCCCAAUGAUGCAAAGUUUCCCGAAGUGUUGGUUAGUCAAGUGGGCUUGCCACAACAGAUGGGUGGUGGUAAUAUGAUUGACAGUAUGGCCAGACAGUUGAACAUAUUGCCUACGGAUCUGGCUCAGCGUAUUGCCGCUGCUAGUGGAAUGAACUCUCAGGCGCAGGCACAGUCACAGCCAAUACCACAGACUCAGCCUAUUGGGAUGGCGGCUUUUAACAUGCCAGCUGGCAUUAGCCCGGCAAGCCAGACAGGCGGCACUCAACUGCCAAACACCGCAUUUCCUCAGCAAGCGUCGCCAGCGCCGGCUACCUUAGGUCCUGUGCUCGAAAAGAUAUUACAUCGCCUGCAGCUCAUGCAGGAUAUCAAUUUUAGCCAGUAUGGGGGCGAUUCUUUAGACGACCAAGGACUACCUUGUUGCUUUCCUGAACCCACCGAUGGCGCACCCUGUGAGCUGCGCGGCUCUUGGGAAUCCCUUUUGCUAGGUAUUCGUAUUAUUAUACACGAAGAUCCUUCAGCAAAAAAGGACGACACACCAACCUGCAUACAACCAAAGACCAGAAGUCAACGCUCCAGCGGCAGCCUAGUUCGUCGCCAGUGUAUCAAGAUGAGCCAAGAAAAGCUUAAGGAAGUGUCUGGCAAAGGGCAGAAAACACGCAUGAAACUUUUAAAUAUAACCAUAGAGGAAACAGUUCCGCCACGGCCACACGAACUGCUAGAAAACAUAACAGAGUGGAAAUUUCAAGGUAGCACUCUAAAUAGUUUGGGGGGACCGUUGACAAUAUCAUGUCAGAAGAUGGAUUCGAAUUUAAUAGGCUCGUUUGUGGGGUUCUGUCGUACUUGUGGCUGCAUCGAUAGUAUUUUUGGUAGCUGGACUUUUUGUCAGCCCUCUAGAGGCUGUCAGGAUAUAACCAUGUCCAUUUUUGAUAGGCGUGAUGUUAUGCGACGUUAUACCUUGGAUGAGAAACGCAGGAAUCGAAUUAAGGAGCAGCUGUAUAUGAAGAGUAAAUAUGGCAAGAAUGACAAAGCACACGGGUCACAAGUAAAUUUUGCUAAAACAACAGCAAAACCGUAAAGAUUUAUCCUUUUUUGUUUUUUAUUUUCUUUCUA